AUGGUGUGGUGCGACCGUGGGAUCCAGAUGCUGCUGACCACGGUGGGUGCCUUCGCCGCCUUCAGCCUCAUGACCAUCGCUAUCGGCACCGACUAUUGGCUCUACUCGAGCGCCAACCUCUGCAACGGGACCAAUGUCACUGCCACGGACGAGACGGCACAAAGCCAACCGAAAAAAGUGAAGGGCGACCUCACCCACUCCGGCCUCUGGAGGUUCUGCUGUAUUGAAGGGAUAUACAAGGGGCACUGUUUUCGAAUCAACCACUUCCCUGAAGACAAUGACUAUGAUCACGACAGCUCUGAAUACCUUCUCCGUAUAGUACGUGCCUCCAGUGUGUUUCCCAUCCUAAGCACAAUCUUACUGUUACUGGGAGGGCUCUGCAUCGGAGCUGGGAGGAUCUACAGCAGCAAGAACAACAUUAUCCUUAGUGCUGGAAUUCUUUUUGUAGCAGCAGGAUUAAGUAACAUAAUAGGAAUUAUUGUCUACAUAUCCAGCAAUGCAGGUGAUCCUAGUGACAAGCGGGAUGAGGAUAAAAAGAACCAAUACAGUUAUGGCUGGUCUUUUUAUUUUGGAGCCUUGUCUUUUAUUGUGGCAGAAACAGUUGGUGUCCUAGCUGUGAACAUUUAUAUUGACAAAAACAAAGAGCUGAGGUUUAAGACCAAGAAGCAGUUCCUUAAGACUUCUUCUGCUUCCCCUUACGCAAGGAUGCCAAGUUACAGAUACAGGAGAAGGAGGUCCAGAUCCAGUUCUCGAUCAACAGAACCUUCUCCAUCCAGGGACAUUUCUUCAGUUGGUAUGAAAAUGGCAGGUUCUCUUCCUAUGAAUGAAAUCUCCAUGUACACCCUCUCCAGGGAACCCUUGAAGGUCACAACAGCAGCAAGUUACAAUAUGGAACAAGAUGCUGGCUUUCUUCAAGUCCACAAUUUCCUUCAAAAGGAGUUCAAAGAGGGACUUCAUAUCAAUAUGGUCAACAGGAGAACAACACCUGUUUGAAGGGGUUUGUUUGUUUUUCUGAAA